GAAGUGAAAAUUUUCCUGCAAAAAAUCUUUUCCACCUUAAUGUUUAUUUUAUUUUUUUCUUAUUCCGCUCUUCUUCAGUCUCUAACUGACCCAAAAGACAAAAAGGGAAAAUGAAAAGAGAAAAGUCCAAAUGAUUAUUUAUUUAUUCACACUUAUUUAAUCUUAUUUGUUUUGUCUUUGGAAAACCUGCAUAGACAUAUUAGACACAAAGGUUAAGGGUGUGAAUAUAAAUGGAAAAUUAGUGAACAAAAAUAAUUAAAAGAUUUUCCUUUCCUUUCUGCAAAAUUUCAGAGAGACCUGUCGAGACUCUUUUCUUUCUUUUUUAUUCUCUCUAAUUAUUAUUAUUUAUUUAUGAUUUUUUUUUUAUAAUCUAUUUUCUUCUUAUUACAAACCCCCUUUAUUGAUGGUGCUGUGUCUCUCCUUUUUCUUCUGCAACAACACCAAUUAAAACCCUUUUUCCAUCUCAUUCUUUUGUUCAAAUUCUCUGAGAAAAGAGCAGAUAGAAAAAGCCAUGUCAGGUUUGUAUAAUCCCAACUUCUCACCUGCCAGAGCUGCUUCUCCCCAGAUUAGAAGCACCCCAGAUGUUGACAGUCAGUACCUGUCAGAGUUAUUAGCAGAGCAUCAGAAGCUUGGACCUUUCAUGCAAGUGCUUCCGAUAUGUAGCCGCCUCCUGAAUCAAGAGAUCUUACGGGUUUCAGGCAUGAUGUCCAAUCAAGGUUUUGGUGACUUUGACAGGCUGCGGCAUAGAAGUCCUAGUCCGAUGGCUUCUUCUAACCUCAUGCCAAAUGUUACUGGGACGGGAUUAAGCAGCUGGAAUGGACUUCCUCAAGAGAGAUUAAGUGGACCUCCUGGAGUGACAAUGGACUGGCAAGGUGCACCUGCGAGCCCAAGUUCAUUCACUGUAAAGAGGAUUUUACGUUUGGAAAUUCCAGUAGAUACUUAUCCCAAUUUCAAUUUUGUCGGGCGACUUCUUGGACCAAGAGGUAAUUCCCUGAAACGGGUUGAAGCUACUACAGGCUGCCGUGUAUAUAUUAGAGGGAAAGGAUCUAUUAAGGAUCCAGACAAGGAAGAGAAGCUACGAGGACGACCUGGCUAUGAACACCUCAAUGAACCGCUCCACAUUUUAAUUGAGGCUGAUUUGCCUGCCAAUGUAGUCGAUAUAAGGCUGAGACAGGCUCAGGAAAUUAUAGAAGAAUUGCUCAAACCUGUUGACGAGUCACAGGACUAUAUCAAGAGGCAGCAGUUGCGUGAAUUAGCCAUGCUGAAUUCUAAUUUCAGAGAAGAGAGCCCAGGGCCAAGUGGUAGUGUCUCUCCUUUCAAUUCAAGCGGAAUGAAGCGUCCGAAAACAGGCAGAUGAGAGUGAGCUUGUAUUUUUGCCAUCCUAGAACAGUUUCCAACUCUGCUCCAGAAGAAAUAUAUGGCUGGUAAUGCCCUUGCAGUACUUGUCAGUUCAGCACAGCUACAAGAAGAAUAGGCUAACAGUCCAUGUUGGUGAUAUUUUCUGGUGCGUUUUCUUUUAUUUUGGUCUCCCUUUUAUUAUAUUAUUUUUUUUGAACCGCAACAGACACCUGGGACAAAAAUGAAAAAAAAAAAAAAAAAAAAUUGGAAAGGAAAUUAUUUAUAUAGUUGGCUCUUGAGUUUUUAGGUUUGGUGAGGUCAGCUUUUUCUUUUUUGCCCCCCUGUAAACUUAAUGCAUUAAUUGGAUUUAUUCUUGUGUUAGUGAUA